AUGUUGUCAGUGGUUCGAGUGGUGCAUCCCGAGCUUCGUCUGGAUACGAUGAGUAGUCAUGUCGUCCAUGUUCUGUGCUCGUUGUCUGUGAGUCUCUGGUUAGUUCUUCUUCUACUUCUGGGAUCAACCGCCGUCGAUCAAGCCUCUGCUCAUGAAGGCCUCCACAUCGAACAGGAAAUCGUCACCGUGCGGGCGGUCAUGGGAGGUCGGGCGGAUCUGCCUUGCGACAUCGAGAUCCCGCAAGAGAACGAUGCGAUCUCACUGAUCCUCUGGUAUCACGGAGACUCGCGGGGCAUUCCCAUCUAUUCGUUGGACUCGCGGGACCUCCCGUUGCACCAGGCGCGGCCGUUCCCCAGUGCCGAAUACAUACAUCGAGCGUACUUCGAUGUUAUGGCACGGCCACCCUAUCUCAAACUCGAGCCCGUCCUGGAAUCCGAUGUCGGAGAGUAUCGGUGCAGAGUAGACUACAGCAGACAACGAACACAGAAUAGAAUCAUCAAGCUCGAAGUUGUCGUACCUGCGAGAGACGUCCGUAUUCGAAACCCCGAAGGAAAAGUUUUGAGCGGCGUCAUCGGGCCGUAUGACGAGGGAUCGCGCCUCGUCCUCAUUUGCGAAGCCACCGAUGCCAAACCCCGGCCUCAGGUCACGUGGUGGCGAGGAGAAAAACUGAUCGACAAAUUGGACAAAAUCCAUGACGAGAGGCUCGUGUCCAACGAGUUGAUAAUCAGCCGUCUUCAGCGACACGAUCUGCUGACGACAUUGACGUGCCGUGCGGAGAACACGAACAUCUCGAACGCAAACACGCAACGGACCGCUAGCGUCACCCUAAAUAUGAAUCUUCGUCCAUUGGAUGUACGAAUAACUUCGAUGAAAAGACCGCUGUCGGCCGGCCAAGAGACCGAAGUUACCUGUCGCUCAACAGGGGGGAGACCAGCACCUCAACUCACGUGGUGGAUUGGUCGCAAAAGACUCAAUAUACUUCGUGACAACGUAUCUCACGGUGAUAACUACACAUCGAAUACAGUGGCGUUUUUGCCGAGCAUCCACGAUAACGGGAAAUUCCUGUCGUGUCGAGCAGACAACCCGCUACUGUCGGAUUCGGGCCUCGAGGACGGAUGGACGCUGAAUAUUCACUACGUUCCUCAGCUUGACGUUUCCAUCGGAGCCAACAUGAAACACCCAUCUAUUCGCGAGGGAGGCGAUGUUUACUUCGAGUGCAUGAUCAAAGCCAACCCACCGGUGACUGAAAUUGGAUGGAAGUUUGAAGGGCAGCUACUUUACCCGGACAAACACCAAGGAAUCAUCAUCACAAAUCAGUCGCUGGUCCUUCAGAAGGUCAAACGGGAAAGCCGCGGACAUUACCAAUGCGUGGCUUCGAAUUCCGAAGGCGAAGCCGAGAGUGAUAAAAUACUCCUACGUGUCCACUACGCUCCCGUGUGCCGGAAGAAGCAGAACCUCGUUUAUGGAGUGGCCCGUGACGAAGAUGCUGAGAUCCCAUGUCACGUGGAAUCCGACCCACCUCCGACCGACUUCAAGUGGGCGCUCAACAAUUCUGUCGAACUGUUUGAUGUGAAGACUUUCAAUUUUAAUGGAACCAGAUCAGUCGUCACCUACAAACCGAGAUACGCAAAUUCCUACGGAACGUUGUACUGCUGGGCCAGCAAUCAAAUCGGUACUCAGAAGGAGCCCUGCGCAUACCACGUCGUUCCCGCAAGCCCGCCCGGACAACUGCGACAGUGUCAAGCGGCGAACGAGACUUACAACACGAUCCUAGUUGAAUGCAAACCCGGAGAGCCGGGUGGCCUGCGGCAAUCCUUCCACCUUGAGAUUUUCAACUUUGCAUACGAGAAUCUCGAGUUCAAUCUAACGCAGCAGGACGCGCCCGUAUUCCAAGUCACCAACCUGGCUCCGAGUACCAGAUAUAUAUUUCUGCUCUACGCGGCCAACUCGAAAGGACGAUCCAAUACCAUAUCGUUCGUUUCGAGCACGACGGCUGCACCCGACGACGAUCUAUCGGAUUCGGAUCUACUGGCCAGUCUGAGUCCUGCUCUACUUUCGUUGAUCGCAGGAGUUAGUAUAUUAGUCGUGGUAGUGGUCAGCGUAAUUCUGAUCCUCAAACGUCGUGACUCGCAAGAGAAAGGGAACCCUCUUCAAACGAAUCUCAAUGAAAAGAACAGCGGGUCUUGUCGGAGUUUGAAAGCACCUCCGGAGGAAAUCCAGCUGACUCAAGUUCAAAAUAAAAAGCUCAUCACAUCUUUUACGCCGGACAAUUCACAAGAUUACGCGCACCAGGUGGCGGUGGAAACAACAAUUAGCUCUUGCUUAGGAGGGAACGACAUUUCCCUCGACGGCAGUGCUUGCUCGACGUCACCAAGACAGAGCGGUAACUGCACCGUUCUGACGUAUCCUCCAGAGCCCGCGACCAUGACUCUGGGCAGGAAUCAUGACGGAGGCUUCAUGAUCUCCCAGAAAGAUAUGUCGAUGCACAUGGCAACUUUACGGAAUCCGAGACAGAUGCGUCAACCGAUCGGAAACAAGAUGGAUUCGGCUUUGUUACGAUACGCUGAGUUGUCUCUGCCGAGGAACAACCAUCGAUUAUGUCCCGUUCGCAUCCGACAACAGGGUCUGAUGGCCAUGAGCCCAGUCGGGAGUCACCUGGGGCAAGGCAUGGAAGCAACGACACUUUUGCCGAGUCCAGACGUGGUUUUUGAUCGGCCACCGAUGCCACCUCUGCCGCAGCAUUUGGCCUUAGGAGGGAAGUGCGACAUCGACCUUCUGGAGGACGUGCAUACGCCCCUGCUAUCCGCGACCAGUGGUCUCCAGCAGCAUCAGCCCUUAGCAUCGAAUGGGGGUCAAAGCGGGCCAAUCCUCUCAUCGGAUGCCUCACAAGCAACUACUUCGGUCACUCAACGGUUGAUGGGUGGAACAACUAAACAUCCUUUGGAGCUGACCACAUCGUCCACGCCCGUGUGACUCAUUACGAUCAACUAGCGCCUCUGGAAUAGGUCUGAAGAUGUGGCACACGAGCCUUCUUCUCCGCAGCUUAACGGUUCCCCGAUUUAUGAUCGGAACCCGGAUUCACCGUCAUUGGAAGGAGACGUUCCCUGCCUCUCUCGGUGGAAGCCUCGCUCCCAGUCACACGUUGGCGCUGCGCGAGUCAGGAAUAGAGAGGGGGAAUGGAUGGUGGAAAAGCGACGCUCUUCACUUUGUUAAGCAAUUUGGUGGCAACAAUCAUCAACCAUCUCCAAGCAGAGACCUCG